UCACACCACUCCUUCUCCUCAAACCCCCUCAACCCCUACAACCACAGUUUUUCCUUUCCUCUGGGGUGGGGAUGCUCGUCUGACCCCGUUUCUAUCCAGCUCUGAGACUUUUUUUUCUGUGGAUGCUCUAAUAUCUGAUUCCUCCCGGCUCUGGUACUUUGUUGCUUGCUACCUGUGGAGGUUCCCUGGUCCCUUCUGGUUCAUCCGCAGCCCCACUGAGAGGCACCAUGCUGGGAGUGGAUGUGUGUGAGUUUGGGGGUCAGGUGCUGGAGCUGCUGUGGCUGACUCUGUGCUACAGAGGUCUGGUGGCAGACAAGAAGGAUUUAGCCAUCGAGGAGGAAGUGGACGAGAGAAACCUCAACUAUAAUCCUCCGGCUCAGAAGACCCUGCAGGAGAUCCAGGACCUGGACAAGGACGAUGAGAGUCUGGUCAAGUACAAGCAGACCCUGCUGGGGAUGGGACCACUGGCAGGAGACGUCUCUGGGCCGAAUGUCUGUGUGACCAGGAUGACCCUGUUAUGUGACCAGGCUCCUGGACCCAUCACCAUGGACCUGACAGGAGACCUGAACUCUCUGAAGGAGAAGAACUUCUCGGUGCAGGAGGGAGCAAGAUACAGACUAAAGAUUCACUUUAAGGUGAACCGAGAAAUUGUUGCUGGUUUGAGGUACCAUCAUGUGACCUCCAGAAAAGGAGUAAAAGUGGACAAGGUGUCCUACAUGGUGGGAAGUUACGGCCCAAAGCCAGGGGAGUAUGAGUAUCUCACCCCGGCUGAGGAAGCACCCAAAGGCCUGAUGUCACGUGGCCACUAUCAGAUCAAGUCCCACUUCAUCGACGACGACAAGAACGUCUUCUUGUCCUGGGAGUGGAACCUCGACAUCCUAAAGGACUGGAACGAAUAGAUGGAGAGAGAGCGAGAGGAGGAGGAUGCUGCUCUCCUCCCUCCUCUUACUCCUACUCUUCACCUCCCUCUUUUCUUUACACCGCCCAAAACUGGAGGCUCUACCUCUGCCUCCUCCUCUUCCUCCCUGUUCUCCUCUUCUACUUUGUCUCCCCGGUCUGUUUGAUGCAGGUCUCAUGAAACCUGUGAGCUACUGGGACGUUCAGAGGAGAGAGUCCUCCCUUUCUCUCCCCAUUAACUCCAGGUUGUAACUGCAUUUUUAAAGUUAUCCACAUGAAGGAGUCUUCCUUCAUUUUAACUUUCAGUCUCCUUCCUCCUCAUCCUGUUAUAUUUCCAGGGGCCCUAGCUGAGAGGGGGACCCCAAGAACCCCCUUAAAUACUAUAAUGGGUAUGUACAUAACAAGGGCCCCCACAAGGCCCCUUGCCUCUAUCUUUCUGCCAAAAGCUUUGUAAUUUUAGAGGUUCGGAUGGAGACGAAAACUGUAUCAUGUGUCAUGUGUUUCUAAGCGAGAGGGUCCAUUUUGGUUUUAUGUAGAGUCCCCUCAGGUCCCUUAAAACGCCCCUGCAUGUUUCCAUAUGUUCAUACAGAAGCAGGUGAUUAAGGGAAAUCAGUUAAGGCACAAAGAGAAGAACAAUAUACACACAAUUUAAGGGAUAGUUCACCAAACUAUUUAAAUUCACUCAUUAUCUAUGCACCACUAUGCCAUGGAGGAUUGGGUGAAGUGUUUGAGUCCACAAAACACUUAGUCCAGGUGACCUUGUCUUCAGACGUACUAAAACAACAGAAAAUACAUAACAUGUCUCUAUACUGCUUGUGUAGUGUCAUCAAAGUGUCCGCAAGCCCCGGCAUUCAUAUUCGAUUAGAAACAAGGUCAUUUCCAACAUGUUUUAAGCCUAAAGGUCCACUACCGGAUAAUGCUAAGCUAGCAGACAUAGCCACACGAUGGUGUCCGUGUUGAACCUGGUAGGAAGAUAUCAGCAGACAUUUAGACUAAAUCUUGGUGUAAAUUAUCUUGUUUUAAGUGGAAUAUGAAUGUCGAGGCUUGUGGACACUUGGAUGACACCACACGAGCAGUAUGGAGACAUGUUGUGUUUUUUCUGUUGUUUUAGUACGUCUGAAGACGAGGUCACCUGGGCUAAACGCUGUUUACCCCUGAGACUUCUAAAGUGUUUGUGGACUCAAACACUUCACCCACCCCCUCCAUCGGAGUAGUUGUGAGCAGAUGAUGAGUGAAUUUGUAUCGUUUAGUGAACUAUCCAAAUAAGUCCUGAAAAGAUUUGAUUCAGGUGAAGGGCCCCAUGUCCUGCACCCAGGCGCGAUGCAAGUGUCGCUAAAGUUUCAAACCGAUGCAGUUGUUGCUUUUAUGAUCAACGCCCAAGUUGUUUAUAAACCAAAUGUAGGAGGUGAGGUCAGGACUGAUGUUGUCUUGAGGCUGUGGGAAUAACUGAUCUGAGGUCAGAGACGCAGUAUGUCACUGUAAAUUUAAGGUCGCGUUACGUUCUUUCUUUGAGUCAGUCAGACGGACGGGAUACAUUCAUUUCUAGAUCUAGGAUGUCAUAAAUUGUCAUAUGGUUUAGGAUAUAAGGAAUCAAAAUGUCAUCAGAAAUUUCAUUAUGUAUUUAUUUAUUUGCAUCAUAUGUUUAAUUACAUGCCAUAGGGUUUUUAUUGAUCGGUCUGUUGAACGCUUAAGGGAUAAGGUUCAGACAUCUUCUAUCUUACAUAAAAAACAUAUAAAGGAAUAAAAUGACCCACUAAAUUAUCAGAACAUGUCUUUACAAACCAUUCAUGCACUGGUAUGAAAAGAAAAAUGAACUCACUACACUUAUUAUUUUACCAAACUUUCUUAGGAGCUUUGUUUGCUUGUAAAGCAGCAGUUUUCUUUGUGGAGCUUUUUGAAAGAGCAGACCAAUGAAAGACGGAACCUGAACUGUGUAUAUUGUAGAAAGAGAUGCAUGUAUGUCCUUUAGUGUUUGAUACUAUUCACACAGUGAAAAUAAACAAACUCCGCCCUUUCUGAACCCCUAUCCUGUUCCGAGGACACAAGAUGUGAAUAACAAUACUCUCUAAGAUGGUGGCUGGAGAACAGUGACGUACUGUCAGAGAAGGGACAAACGGAAUCCCCCCUUAAAAAAUAAAAUAAAAAUAUCAUUAACGUGUCAAGUCUUUGGAUAUGAUAUUAUCAUUGUUGCUGAACAUAUCGAUCAUUGAACUACCAUUUGAAACUGUUGUGAUCUAAAACUAACUGUAGAUGUUGGCUUGUUGGGUGUUGCAUGGUGUAACCGGAUUCUCUCUCUCUUCCUUUUUUUUAACAACUUAACUGUAAAAACUUUAAUGUGGUUUAAAAAGAAGAAAAA